UUCUUCUUCUUUUUGUCUUUCGUUACCGAAGAAAGGGAUAUUCCGUGUUGGAGAGGAGCGCAUUACGCACGAAUGGAAAUGUGAAGUCGAGGGUUCAGAGGGAUUGUGCAGAAGAUUCUUUUGUUCCCAGACUCUCUGGAGGAACCUGACUGUGUGUCCGCAGUCGUGCACCUCUUCUUCUGUUAUGUCUAUCUCCUCCCUGCCGGAAUGGAAGCAGCUCCUUUUAGACAAAAAGAGGAGAGAGGAGGAGGAACGGGAGAGGAGAGGGAAAGAGGAGGAGGAGAAGUUAGCCAGCAUGCCCGCCUGGAAGCGAGGGAUCAUCCAGCGAAGGAAGGCGAGGCAGGAGAGUUUGGGGGACAGAGAGAAGGACAGAGAUAUCUGCCUGCUGCAGGUGGACGGCAGGUCUCCUUUUGACGGCCUGAGCGACACCGACAGUUCAGUUACAAUCAAUCUGGGAAGCGAAUUAUCGCUCAGUCCGGAUCCCGGGCAGUGGCUGGACGCGGAGCCCAAACCGGCCAGCCAGGUGUCUGCGGAAACCAUAGUUCCCGUCCACGAAAACCCAUUUAUUCGCACGCAAAAAGUGUGGAGAAAGGGAAGAGACUCAGGAGAAGCAGGGAACGAUGUGGAAGUGAAGGAGAAGGAGAAACUGAGCCCCAGGGAUCAAGAUGUCGAGGCAAGAAGAGGACGAGAUGUAGAGAUGAAAAUAGAGAGAUUUAAAGAUUUGAAUGAAGGAUGGGAAAAGGAGAAAACCAGAGACAGGAGUCUAGGGAGAGAAAGAGAAAACAGCAGGGAAGGAUGCGAAAAGGACAAACACCAAUGGAAAGAUUCAGUUAAGGAGCAGGAAUUCUUUAAAAUGAGAAAAGACACAGAUGAAAAGGAACCUCAUCCUCCGUCCGGCCCAUUUUCUCCCCUCGUUCCCGGUCUCCGAACCAUCCGUGCCGACAACAUCAUCAUCAUUGAGCAGGACAGGAAAGGCAGCGAUGAGAGGAAGGGUAAAUGGAGGGAACCAGACAGGGAGAAGAGCGAUGAAGACCAGCUGGGGAAGAGAGGGAUGAAGAUGGAUCUGCGCGAGAUCCUGGCCGGAGGAGGCAGCGUCACCGAGAUCCGAGCCACUGAAGUUCUGAUCAUAAAGCCCUCGGCCAACCCUGAAGAGUUGAGCACGGGAGGGAAGGGGAGGGAGGAUGGAGAGAUGAAGACCGGCGUGGGUUCAAGGAGGGAGAGUCUGGGCAAGGAACUGAGAACAGACAUGUCGUGGGUGAGGGGAAAAGAGAAAGAGAGGCCAUGGGGUCAGGCGACGGUCAUUAAUAAAGACGAAAGGAAGGACAGCAUUGAUGAUAAUGUGUUUGUGGACAGGGGAGGGAGGGUAAGCCAGCUGCUGAGUAAGUUCGGGGAGCACCCCAAACCUCCGUCCCGAUCCAAAAGCUCUGAUAAUUUCCUCCCGUCAGGAGUGAGAAAAUACUCAGGAGAUCAAGAUGACCGACAAUCUGAAGAGAGAAAGACGCAUGAAAAGAAUAUGUUACUGAAAAAUGUACCAAAACGCUCCUACAGCUUCUCAGAUCGAGUGAUUGGUUCGGAGGAGAACGGACUAGAUAACAGAGAAAGCCGGGAGAAGAUACAUAUAGACCCAGCGGCGCCGUGGGGAGACAUGGCAGACGUGGGGAAAGACACCACAGCAAAACUCAAACCGGGUUGCUCGCGAAAUUUAGAUAAGGACCGCUUUGGAAAGCACAGAGAGGUCAGAGCCGAAGAUGAGAGGGGAGGGGUCACAGGGAGGAGAAACGAGGCAGAUACGUGGAUUAAACACAGGAAUGAUCUUAAGAGAGCAGAGCCGGUUUACACCAAGUCUGCAGAGAAAGUAAGUGAUCGAGAUGAAGACAAGGGGUUCACAGUGGCAUCGGUUAAAAACACAGAAGGGAUAUCAUUUGCUAGAAGAGUGCCGAUUAGGCAGGAUGGGAGAGCUAGAAGUGAAAGAGAAAUGAAGCUGCUGACUGGAGAGAAGAGUUGGGAACAUGUGGAGAGAGAUUCAGAGGCAGGUGGACAUACUGACGUCCAUGCUACUGACACAGUUGAUGUCCAAAGAGAGGAUGAAUUCGAAUGCACAAUCCAAGUUGAAGUGAGUGAUACCGUCCCUGCUUCAGAAGAGUCCCUGAGUUUAAGUCCAGCUCUGGAGAGUCAACACAGACGUGACUUCCCAGAGUCCUGUGGUCUGCUCUCCGUGGUCACGGAUAGGGUUCCUCAUAGAAGGCCAGAGUGGAGCGGUACCGGACCCCAGGGACCUUAUCUCACACACUCUGUGCUGUCCCCACAAACUGAGGAUCUUAUAAGUAAAAUAGAAAAAUUAGGAGACACAACUAUUUAUGUCACCGAGAGAGGAGAGAGGGCUAACAAGGCCGGACAUGAACGUCCCAAAGAGAGCAAGGACGAAGUGCAAACCAGGAUGGAUAGUGGCUCGGAGGGUCUGAUUACCAGUAUGGCCCCCCGAUCUCCAGAGAGGAUUCCAGCCAUCGGGACCCUGCCGGCACCCCUCGACAUUCAAAUCCCCAGGACUGUGUUCUAUGUUGCGGAAGACAUGUUGGACAGAAAAAAGGCAGAGGGUCAAAGCAGCGAUGGACAAGACUGGGACGGAGGGCAAGGGGUCCAGAGGAGGGAUAGUUGGAGGAUCGGAAAACCUCUGAGCCGCAUCGAGUCUCUGCGUGAGAAGAUCAGGCAGAGAGAGUUGGCCAAGCAGAGACAGAGAGAGGUGCAGGAUGGAGACGAGGAUGAAGCUGUCGACGUUUGCAAUAGACGGGCACUCGACGACAGGUAUGACGAGAGGGAGAGCGGACAAGAGCAAGAGUGGGAGUCUUUGGCCUGUAUGGAGAAGAGGUUGACUGAAGCAGAGAGGGCGCAGGAAGAAGCAGCACGGCAGACAUCCAUCACUGCGUCUGACGUCACACGGGAAGUCACCGUGUUGAAAACCUUCCCUCAGCUUCCUGUUUCUGUUCCACACUUACAAGCUGAGAGCGGAGAGGAAGUUACAAACGAAUAUGCCACCGCUGCCUCCGAAAUUAUCUCCGCUUGCUUCCAGACAGCCGAGAAUGAAGACGACUCCCGUAAACAUGUAGAAGAUCACCUGAGGCUUCACAAGGUUCAAUCGGAAAGCAGAGAGGAGGAAGAAGAAGAAGUAGAAGAAGAAGAAGAAGAGGAGGAACAAAACGAGUUCUUUGAAGAGGAGGAGGAGGAGGAGGAGGAGGAAGAGGAGGAAUUCGCAUCGUCUUUCAAUUCUUCUCACUGUCUCUCCCCAUCGCUGCCUCAUCCCAACUCCCUCGCAGCCAUGAGCCGGAUAUACAACCUGGACACUGUGGGUUCCAGAUCGGGCUUGUGUCUAAAGAACAGGACAGUAGGCAUCUCAUCGUCUGUGAACCUUGUUAAAGUAAAGCCACUCAUUCCAAACUUGCAGCAGGGGGACAGCAAAGCAGCGAACGUCGAUGACGUCUGUGGGGUUCAGACGAUAAAACAGCAGAUAGAGCAACUUCAACUGAAGGAGCAGGAAGUACUGAAUUCUUCUGCUUCGUCAAACGCUGUUCUGAGGGACAGAGACACAAAAGGGCAUCAAAGUCCCAAAGGAGUAUCGAAGCAGAAGUUAAAGGACGAUGAAGAAACCCCAGAAACGAACCCCAAACUGUCCCCACAGCGUAUUUGCCCUCCGGCAUCUCAGCUCAAGCAAACUAUCACCAUAACCCCGUCCUUUCUCAGGAGCCAGUCCCCGGACAACUCGUUGAAACCUACGAACUGCGCCCCGACUCCUGCCUCCUCUCCGUGCUCACCGUCUCCCACCCAGUCCCCCAGCGUCUCCCCAUCUCCAAACCCAUCGCCCACACUCUUCACCAUCAAGAGUGCCUCUGGGGGCCGAGGGAAGAGAGGGGCCACCAUCACAAUCACCCCCAAAAAGCCCAAGGCCGCCGGGUCCGCGGUGCCGCCGUCGACGGCCGGGUCCACCAAGGCUCCGCCACAGCAAGCGACACCCGCUGUGGCCGGGCCCGUGAAGAAGAAAUACCCAACAGCUGAGGAGAUUGAGGUGAUCGGUGGAUAUCAGAAUCUAGAGAGGUCCUGUCUCGUCAAAAUUAGAGGGACCCCAAAGAGGGGAAAGGUGUGCUUUGAUGAGGGCCGGCUGGAGCAGGUGUGUGAGUACCCGUCAGAGACGUCCAUGCUGGCGCUGAGCCCCCUCCCUCCCGACCUGCUGAUGGAGAAGCUCCAGGGGGAGGAGGCCCAGGAAGAGGAGGGGGAUGUGGAGGGAGGACCGGUUCUGUUCAAGAGAAGCACGGGGAUCCCAACAGGACCGCGUCUGAGAGUGGAUGAGUCUUGCCCUCGGUAGAAGCCAGUCACCUUCGCCAAAAUUGCCCAUGUGAUGGGUCCACCAACAUUUUAUUGACAUAUAUGAUCAUUUUUAAUUGUGUUUUGAUAAAUUUUGUAUUUUUAGUCACCGUGGCUUUUUAUUUUCUCUAGCACCAGGAGUUCAGUUUGGAUUUAAGCACUUGAAUAGACAGAUUUAACAGUUUUAGUGUGUAAAACCAGUUUAUUUUCAGGGAAACUGGGGGAGAGCUGUGAAUGUAUAAGUAUGGUACAUAUGUUGAAAAGCUCAGGCAUGCGCUGCGGAGCAAUGAAGGACCACUUGUCUAUACAAAAUAAAGAAUGAUAUAAGAUUUUAUUUUUUAGUUAAUAUAUUUUAUAGUUUAUGUUCCCGUGUUUCCUAAUUUACAUCAGCACAGAAGAAAAGAAAAGACUCAGUGAAGUGAUGUUUAUGUCAUCUGGUUUUAAUGUGCCUGCUGGAUUUGCUCAUACAGGUGGCAUAAAGAUCAGUGGGAAGCCUUUCAGAUGAUCCUCCUGUCGUUGGGCGUGCUGUUGCAAUGGGUUUUGGUGCAAUGUGUGACAUGAUGCAGGUUUCACUGGAGUCAUGCCGUCCACAAAAGCCCUGGUAACUUCAGUGGGGAAUUCUUUUUUUUUUUCUUUUUGUUUUGUUUAAGCGGUGAAUAAACAGAACUCCCUGAAAAUACGAAUAUUUUAUUCAGAAAAAUGAAACAUCAACAUGUGAGAAACCGCUGAUAUUGGACUUUUUGAUGUUCUACAUUUAUAAUAUUAUAUAGAAGGGCUUUUUUUUUUCGCUUUUAAAUGUUUUAAUUGGUAAAACAACACAAAUUCUGUGCAUAUAUUUUUUCUAUGACACUUGAAGAAGCUGGCUUCAAGAUAAAAAAUCUAAUAAAUAUUUCUG